CCUCCACCCGGACUGGGAGUUCCUUGGGGUAUGGUUACAGGGCAGCCAACUCUGAGUGCGGCCUUUUGGGGGCUCUGCUCCGCGCUGGGCGGGAGGCCGGCCAGGACACUCCCAGCCCAACCUCCCUUCGAGGGUCGUGCCUUGAACUCAGGCUCCAGAUACAACGACCCUGAGAGAAACUGUGUUGGUAGCGGGGUGUACCCCACUGUCUGGGAAGCCGGAGAGCCCACCGAUUCCACGCAGACUGGCGGCAGGGAGAGGGCGAGCGGGACGCAGCACUACCAAAUGGUCGCCCUCUGCGGGGUUCCCCUGCGGCUUCGGGAGAGGACUAGGCGGGGCGAGAAGGGCCGGGGCGGGGCCCUGAGCCCAGGGUCCCUUUCGUUUUCCACCAGAGCCGCCGAACUUCCGCGUUCAUGAGAGGACGCCUUCCAGACGCGCCCUUUUCCCCCUGAGCCCGAGCCUCCAGGCUCGCGCAACACAGCAUCUCAGCCCCACGCACCGGCCGCGCAAUAUGGCCUUAACUUCAGUGGCUCCCCUGCAGCUCCCACAGACGCACGGACAAAUCGACUCGUACGCUAGAAGCGAAUGAGCUGCCGGGGUGCCCUGUGGCCCGCGCGCCAUGCAAUCCCCGCCCGACUGGCCCCCGGCGCCCGGCGCUCUACGGCCCUCGCCCUUCCCGCACCCCAUGCUGCACGCCCUCCACGGCCUGGCCCGCGCGCUGCUGUUCCCAGCCUACUGGGCCCUGGACCAGCUGCUGGGCUACUGGGCGCCGGCGACACGCUCCGGCGCCCUGGGGAGGCUGAGCGCGGCGGCUGGCGCGGGGGCGGCGCUGCUCCUGUUUCUCAUCAGCCUGCCCCUGGCGCUGCCGGGUCUGCUGCUCUGGCUGCCGCUACAGGCCUGGCGCCGCCCCUUCUGCUACCAGCCUCCCCCGCAGUCCUGGGCGCCACCAGCGCCCUGGCGCCCGCACUUUGAGCCGGCGCGCUGCUUCGGCUUCCUCAGCGCCAACCUCUGCCUUCUGCCCGACGGGCUGGCGCGCUUCAGCAACCUGCCGCACAGCCAGCGGCGAGCCCAGGCCGUGGGCGCCGCGCUGCUCGCCGGCCUGAGGUCCUCGCGCUACGGAGCCACGGACUGCAGCCCGCCGCCAUCCGGCACGCCGCGUGGUGUGCUGGCGGCCGCGGUACCUGCAGGCCUGGACUUCGUGUGCCUGCAGGAGGUGUUUGACCUGCGAGCUGCACGCCGCCUCGUGCGCCGCCUGGCGCCCAACCUGGGCCCAGUGUUGUACGAUGUGGGCGCGCUCGGCCUACGGAUGGGGCCGCAUCUCAAGCUUCUGGGCAGCGGGCUGCUGCUGGCCUCGCGCUUCCCGCUGCUGCGCGCCGCCUUCCGCUCCUUCCCCAAUGGGCGCCGCGAGGAUGCGCUGGCCUCCAAAGGGCUGCUGUCGGCACAGGCGCAGCUGGGCAACCUGGACGGGCGCCGCAUCGUGGGCUUCCUGCAUUGUACGCACUUGCACGCGCCGAGCGAUGAUGGGCCCGUGCGCUGCAAGCAGCUGGGGCUGCUGCUGGACUGGGCUGAGCAGUUUGAGACCGAGAGCCGACAGGGUGGUGAGGAGGUGGCCUUCAGCGUGCUCCUAGGAGACCUGAACUUCGACAACUGCUCGCAAGGGGACUCCCGUGAGCAGAAGCACCAGCUCUUCAGCCGUUUCCAGGAUCCCUGCCGGCUGGGCGUGCGCCGGGAGCAGCCCUGGGCCCUGGGGACAUUGCUGAGCACCCCGGUGCUCCACCAGUCAGAAGCUAGCUCCCCGGAGAUGCUUCGCAGAGUCCUGGAGCAGGAAGAGGGGCGCCGCCUGUACUUGGCUGGCCAUCCCCGCGUAAGCUGCCCCGCUGAGCCCUGGCGGGGCCGGCGCCUGGACUAUAUCUUGUACCGCGGAGUACCUGGGGCCCCGCUGAGCCCGGAGGUGGAACAGGUAACCUUCAGCACUGCCCUGGCGGGACUAACAGACCACUUGGUCGUCGGCCUGCGACUCCGAGUGUCAGCACCCUUGUGACCCGGGAACGUACAGACCGAC